GAGCCCCCCGGGGAACUGAAGAGGAUCGGGCAGUGGUCAGAGAGUAAACCCCACUUUGGACGGGCUGCAUGAUGUGAUUUGGCAUCUGAACAGAUUGUGUGAAGAGGUUUACAACGUAUCCAAAUGAUGUCUCAUUUCAAUUGUUGUGUGUGGAAAGGCACUUAUAUAGACUUCCAGUGACUUCGUAACAGAAGAUGUCAUCUGGGCUCACUGAAGAACAGAAAAGGAAGAUUGAGGAGAAUAGGAAGGCGGCUUUGGCGAGGAGAGCAGAGCGACUGGCAGCUCAGCAGGGUGUUGUUGCUAAGAAGCUGCCUGACCUGCAGGCGCUUGCUAGCUGUCAAGGAAGACUGCAGCAGCCUUUGAAGAAGGAAAACCACCACACCAGCCAUCACCUCCAGGUUUCUGGCAACCAUGUGGUGCUGGGGAAUCUUCAAGUGCCACACAGUGUCCGUAGCUCAGACCCCCAGGCGCCCAUUUUGUGUGGUGCCCAGCAGAGGGAUUGUUCAGAGGACUCCAUCCAAAAUCUAGGCAGGCAGCUGAGCAGUGCUAAGCAGCUCUCACCAGUGGGGAAAGACUCUCUGAGUCACCCUCAUGGGCAUUAUUCUGGCCUGAGUGCUCAGGAGCAAGGUCAACCCAUCCAGUGUAGUUCUAGCACAUUGCAGCCACCAAGACAUUGUGCAGAACAGCAUCAGUCUACACUAGACACUAGUAGGACGCUUUGCAAAAAUGAAGGCACGCCAAUUCGGCAAAUAUCUCCCAGCGGCAUUAAACAUAUGCCACCAGUGGACACCGGUGGCAUUGUCACCAGUGACAGUGAAAUGCAGGCAAGGGCCAGAAAUCCAGCCUGCGAACUCAUUGCUGAAAAAGAAGGUAGUAGCACGUUGCUGUUCUAUGGCACAAAGAAACUCUUGACUCCUGUAGAAGGGGGCAGGCAACGGAAACUGCCCGUUUUGGAGGACACAGGCAACGUAGCUGAGAAACAGAAAAAAGCGCAUGAUGGCCUCAAAGGGAAAUGUGUCAAGCACUCUGAUGACCGUUUCCGGGUUGAAAUAGGAUAUAAUGCCAAACUGAUUGAACUGUUCAGGAGUUUGCCAAGCAAAAAUUACGAUCCUGCAACAAAGAUGUGGAACUUCAGUCUGGAAGACUAUAGCCAUCUCAUGGAACAAGCAGAGCAACUUCCCUCUGUGACUUUGACACCUCUGGAAGGAAUGAAAGCAACCUCGCGGGCCACCAAGUCAUCUUCCGUUGCUAGAAGUCCUCCAUUGAAGUCCCUCUUGCAGACAUGCAGCGGCUGGCAGAAACCAUCGGCAACCAUCAGAGGGAAAUGUGUGCUGAUUUCAUACUCUCGGUUCGAAGUAGACAUUGGCUAUGCUGACAGCGUCAUAGGGGUGUUCAAGCAGUUGAAUUCCAGGAAUUAUGAUAUGAAGACUAGAAAAUGGAAUUUUCUCCUGGAGGACUAUCUAAGACUAACUGAACUGGUAAGGAGCCUUCCAGCAGUGGAAGUGGAGCCAUUGCCUAAGCCAGUAAUACAAGCCUUUGCUGCUCAGUUUGAGAAGUCUGCCUUGAAGGUUGCUGACAUUCCAGAAGCAGACCUUUCGGGACUGUAUCCUAAACUUGUGGCCAGCCUCAUGCCAUUUCAGAGAGAAGGUGUGAAUUUUGCAAUUGCCAAAGAAGGUCGUUUGCUCCUUGCAGAUGACAUGGGCUUAGGGAAAACAAUCCAAGCAAUCUGCGUUGCUGAAUACUAUCGAAAAGAGUGGCCUCUGUUGGUGGUCGCUCCUUCCUCAGUGAGAUAUACAUGGGCGGAGGCUUUCCACAGGUGGCUUCCUUCCUUGAGCCCAGAUGCCAUCAGUGUCAUAGCAACGGGCAAGGACUGCCUGUCGGCAAGAUUGAUAAACGUUGUCAGUUUUGACCUUCUCAGCAAGAUGGAGAAGAAGCUCAAAACCACCUUCCGAGUUGUGAUUGUUGAUGAGUCCCACUUUCUGAAGAAUGGGAAAACUGCUCGUUGCCGGGCUGCGAUGCCUCUCCUGAAGGCUGCCAAACGAGUCAUCCUGUUGUCCGGAACCCCUGCCAUGUCCCGCCCUGCAGAGCUUUAUACGCAGAUUGCAGCUGUCAGACCAUCCUUCUUCUCUCAGUUCCAUGCCUUCGGGCUCCGCUACUGUGAUGCUAAGCAGCGGCCUUGGGGGUGGGAUUAUUCUGGUUCAUCCAACCUUGGUGAACUGAAGCUUCUGCUGGAAGAAUCCGUCAUGAUCCGCCGCCUGAAGUCUGACGUGCUCUCUCAGCUCCCCGCAAAGCAGCGCAGAAUGGUGGUGGUAGCUCCUGAAGGCAUUAAUGCAAGGACAAAGGCCGAGCUAGCAGCGGCUGCAAAGGAAAUGGCCAAGGGCUAUAAGAGUAAACAAGAACAGAAGGAAGCUCUCAUUCUCUUUUACAACAGGACUGCUGAAGCCAAAAUUCACUGUAUCAUAGAAUAUAUCUUUGAUUUACUGGAAAGUGGAAGAGAGAAGUUUCUGGUAUUCGCUCAUCACAAACUCAUUCUGGACACAAUCAGCGAGAAACUGGAGGAAAAGCAUAUUGGGUACAUUCGCAUUGACGGUUCCACACCCUCAGCUGAGCGCCAGUCCCUCUGCCAAGAGUUCCAGUUCUCUGACAAGCACUCUGUGGCUGUCCUCUCCUUAACGGCAGCUAACAUGGGGCUCACCUUAUCGUCCGCUGAUUUGGUUGUGUUCGCAGAGCUGUUCUGGAACCCUGGGGUUUUGAUCCAAGCAGAAGAUCGGGCGCACCGAAUUGGGCAAACAAAUUCUGUGGAUGUUCACUACUUGGUAGCAAAAGGCACAGCUGAUGAUUACUUGUGGCCAAUGAUUCAAGAGAAGAUCAGAGUCUUAGGGGAAGCUGGCUUGUCUGAAGCCAAGUUCUCUGAGACAGCCGAAGCUACAGAUUACUUCUUCUACAAGCAGGACCCAAAUCAGCAGACCAUCUUAAACCUUUUCCAGAGGACCUUCUCGGAGGAUGCAGAUGAUAUGGAUGAAGCCCUGCUUGUGGAAAUGGUUGAUGCAUGUGAAGGUUCUGGACCACAGACUCCAUCAAGUGAAACAGAAUCAAGUCUGUGCAAGAAACGGCGUGUUGAUGAAUAUUUUUGCAGACAGUAAACUCAGAAAAUGUUGCGCUUUUUUGUUAACUAAGAAUGUAUUUAAAGGAGGGCAAAAAAAUCAGUGAAAAUUGCUUUGAUUGUUAAAAUAAAUAUCUAUUUUUAAGAUGGGUUAGCCUGUUUGCUGACUUGAACAGCUUUAGCUGCCUUCUUUUUAUUGCUUCUCUAGCUGGGAAAUCAAGAAUCUGUGGCUCUACCCCCACUCCAAUAAAAUCUGCAGUGAUACA